CCGACUCAGCCCCGCCCCCUGGCUCUCCUGGUUGCAGGACUCGCCAUGACCUCGCUGGCCCCGCUCCGAGACUGCCAGGCUUGGAAGGAUGCAGGCCUGCCGCUCUCCACCACCAGUAAUGAGGCCUGCAAGCUCUUUGACGCUUCCCUGACCCAGUAUGUGACCUGGACCAAUGAAAAGAGUCUCGGCGGCCUGGAAGGAUGCUUUUCAAAAAUGAAGGCCGCGGAUCCGGCAUUUGUGAUGGGGCACGUCAUUGCCAAUGGCCUGAUGCUCAUUGGCACGGGGACCUCCGUGGUAUUGGAUCAAGCCCUUCGCCUCUCCAUGGAGACCAUGAUGGAGCUUUCCAGGAGACAGGCGCUGACUGAGCGUGAGAAGCUGCACGUAGCCGCCGUGGAGAUGUUUGCUAAGGGGUGCCUUCCAAAAGCUUGUACCUUGUGGGAACAGAUUCUCCAGGACUACCCCACCGACAUGCUGGCUCUGAAGUUUUCCCAUGAUACCUACUUUUACCUGGGCUACCAGCCCCAGAUGAGGGACUCGGUCGCUCGGAUUUUUCCAUACUGGACUCCCAGCAUUCCCCUCAGCAGCUACGUGAAAGGUAUUUAUUCUUUCGGGUUGGUGGAAACAAACCUCUAUAAUCAGGCGGAACAGCUAGCCAGAGAGGCUCUGUCCGUGAAUCCAACAGACGCCUGGUCAGUCCACACAAUGGCCCACAUCUAUGAGAUGAAAGCAGAGAUCAGGGACGGCCUGUCCUUCAUGCAGAGCUCCGAAUCCAACUGGAAGGACCGCGACAUGCUCGCCUGUCAUAACUAUUGGCACUGGGCCCUGUACCUGAUAGAAAAGGGUGAACACGAAGCGGCCUUGACGAUUUAUGAUGAGCACAUUGCACCCAGCCUUCUGUCGACUGGGUCGAUGCUAGACAUGGUGGACAGCUGCUCCAUGCUGUACAGACUUCAAAUGGAAGGCGUGCACGUGGGAAAUCGCUGGCAAGCCGUGCUCCCGGUGACCAAGCCCCAUUCCCGGGACCACAUCCUGCUCUUCAAUGAUGCUCACUUCCUCAUGUCCUUCCUGGGGGCCAAAGACCAUGAAACCGUCCAAGAGCUCCUGACCACCCUUCAGGAACUGAGCCAACACCCCGGUGAGAAUCAUCAGUACCAGCUGGCUCGGGAGGUGGGGCUACCCCUGUGCCAGGCCCUGGUGGAGGUGGAGAAUGGGGACCCGGACAGAGCGGUGGAGCUGUUGCUGCCUAUUCGGUACAAACUCGUGGACAUAGGCGGCAGCAAUGCCCAGAGGGACGUCUUCAAUCAGGUGCUGGUUCACGCGGCUCUGAAGUGUCAGCAGAAAUCCCACCGGAACCUGGCCAGGAGCCUCCUCAUGGAACGGGAUGCUCUGAAGCCCGGCUCCCCUUUGACCGAGCGCCUCAUCCGGAAAGCAUCAGCCCUGCAUCUCAUGGUGUAGAGCCUUGACUGGGGGAGUGGCCACCUCCUCCCUCCCCCAGAGGGAACCCCAGUCUCAUAACUGUCCAUCUGGAAGCACCUGGACCAGAAGCCAAACACCAGCCCCCAGCCCCUAGGAAAGGAAACCCCCCUCCACACACCCACGAGAAGCUGCACUGCCUCUCCACCAGAUACCCCCCAUGCCACCAAUCUUCCAUCUAAGAAGGGACACUCACUCUUAAGCUGUUUGAGAGCGGGUCAUCCCCCUGUGAAUUAUUGGCCCAGAUUGGUAAACCUCCAGACCCCAUCUGUUGUCAAGAAGGAAACUGAGGCUGGGAGAGAGGAAGGGCCUCCCUCAUGCUCCCAGUUAGCCAGUGUAGGACCCAAGCUGAGGCCCUUACCUUCCCUCUCCUGACCCAGCGCCACACUGGCCCCCCUGCCCCCAGUGUGCUACUCUGGGCCCCUCCUCUUCCCCUGGCUUGGUGUCAAGGGACUGGAAAUGUCAUUUUAUAACAAUGCUCAAUCAGACAUGACAAAGGAGUCAUGUGUGCUGCUCCCUCUGCCCCCAGCUCUCAAGACCCACCCAGGAGGUGGUCAUCUGGGCUGCAGGAGGGUCCGCAGCAGCCUGGGAGGCCUAGCCUUCAAGGUGGGGCCGUGAGGAUGGCGGCCAGAUUCACCAAGGAGAAUGCCCUCCUCACCUGGCCCCAAGACAGUCAGGUUUCUCCUCCACCACUAGGGCAUCCUGGCCAGCACGGGGGAAUGCCCCACCUCUUUGGCCGAGGUUUUUUCUUUAAUCGGCAACUUUUCCAGGAAAAAAAUAGUGAGCUUGACCUUGGGCAUGUCCCUCCCUGCUGUGAGCCUCAGUUUCCUUCUCAGUGAAAUGAGGCUCAGCACUCUCCAGCCACCUCCCUUGCAGGGUUAGCCGCGGAGCUGGGAGGACGCUGCUUUGUCAGCCACCCACGGAAGCCAAAAGAGCAAGUGAUAUCCAGCCAACCUCAUGGGUGCUCGCAUCUGAACAGUCAGGUCAGCUGUCAAGGUCUGUGACUUCAGCCCUCCGGGGGCCCAUGUGGGCACAGGCUGUGACCCUGGGAGAAAAUCCCUGUGGGCAUCUCUUCUCUGAGCCUCAGCUGACUGCUCUGUAAAAUGGGGCUGUUCAGAGCUGUGCUAGCUUCUCAGAGCUCAGUGAGCAGAGCACACCUCUCAUUCCAGCAGCUGCCCUGGGUGCCCCACUUGGGCAGCCAUGUGCAGAGGGAGCAAGGCCACCAGCUUCAUCUGUGGGGCCGUGGCCUCUCCCUUAGGGACCCUGCCACAACCUGCAGGGAUUGACCGCGCUCAAGGUUGGGGACCAUUGUCUGGUCAGCAUUGCCAACCGAUGGCGGUCACUUUUUCCCUUAGAAACUGCAUGAGAUCCCAUGGCUUCUCACACAUGAUUUCACGGUAAAUUUAACCAAGCCAUGAUUUUUCCUCAUUGGUGGGGGGGUGGGGGGUGGAUGGAGGUCAUGAGGUGGUUGCUGGGCUGUGGCCCUGUGGCUCCCAAACCCCAACCCUUGGGUGCGCGGGUAUCAAUCGGUAAGAAUCCAUUCUGUGACUGGAAAGCUGCCUCUGCCUUCUGAUUCAUCACUAAACUCUCUCCUGAUUAACACUCUGUAAA